AUGGAUGAGGAGGCAGUGCAGGAUGGGAUGGAUGAGGAGGCAGUGCAGGAUGUGAUGGAUGAGGAGGCAGUGCAGGAUGUGAUGGAUGAGGAGGCAGUGCAGGAUGGGAUGGAUGAGGAGGCAGUGCAGGAUGUGAUGGAUGAGGAGGCAGUGCAGGAUGGGAUGGAUGAGGAGGCAGUGCAGGAUGUGAUGGAUGAGGAGGCAGUGCAGGAUGUGAUGGAUGAGGAGGCAGUGCAGGAUGGGAUGGAUGAGGAGGCAGUGCAGGAUGUGAUGGAUGAGGAGGCAGUGCAGGAUGGGAUGGAUGAGGAGGCAGUGCAGGAUGUGAUGGAUGAGGAGGCAGUGCAGGAUGGGAUGGAUGAGGAGGCAGUGCAGGAUGUGAUGGAUGAGGAGGCAGUGCAGGAUGUGAUGGAUGAGGAGGCAGUGCAGGAUGUGAUGGAUGAGGAGGCAGUGCAGGAUGUGAUGGAUGAGGAGGCAGUGCAGGAUGUGAUGGAUGAGGAGGCAGUGCAGGAUGGGAUGGAUGAGGAGGCAGUGCAGGAUGUGAUGGAUGAGGAGGCAGUGCAGGAUGGGAUGGAUGAGGAGGCAGUGCAGGAUGUGAUGGAUGAGGAGGCAGUGCAGGAUGGGAUGGAUGAGGAGGCAGUGCAGGAUGGGAUGGAUGAGGAGGCAGUGCAGGAUGGGAUGGAUGAGGAGGCAGUGCAGGAUGUGAUGGAUGAGGAGGCAGUGCAGGAUGGGAUGGAUGAGGAGGCAGUGCAGGAUGUGAUGGAUGAGGAGGCAGUGCAGGAUGGGAUGGAUGAGGAGGCAGUGCAGGAUGUGAUGGAUGAGGAGGCAGUGCAGGAUGUGAUGGAUGAGGAGGCAGUGCAGGAUGGGAUGGAUGAGGAGGCAGUGCAGGAUGUGAUGGAUGAGGAGGCAGUGCAGGAUGGGAUGGAUGAGGAGGCAGUGCAGGAUGUGAUGGAUGAGGAGGCAGUGCAGGAUGGGAUGGAUGAGGAGGCAGUGCAGGAUGUGAUGGAUGAGGAGGCAGUGCAGGAUGUGAUGGAUGAGGAGGCAGUGCAGGAUGUGAUGGAUGAGGAGGCAGUGCAGGAUGUGAUGGAUGAGGAGGCAGUGCAGGAUGUGAUGGAUGAGGAGGCAGUGCAGGAUGGGAUGGAUGAGGAGGCAGUGCAGGAUGUGAUGGAUGAGGAGGCAGUGCAGGAUGGGAUGGAUGAGGAGGCAGUGCAGGAUGUGAUGGAUGAGGAGGCAGUGCAGGAUGGGAUGGAUGAGGAGGCAGUGCAGGAUGUGAUGGAUGAGGAGGCAGUGCAGGAUGUGAUGGAUGAGGAGGCAGUGCAGGAUGGGAUGGAUGAGGAGGCAGUGCAGGAUGUGAUGGAUGAGGAGGCAGUGCAGGAUGGGAUGGAUGAGGAGGCAGUGCAGGAUGUGAUGGAUGAGGAGGCAGUGCAGGAUGGGAUGGAUGAGGAGGCAGUGCAGGAUGUGAUGGAUGAGGAGGCAGUGCAGGAUGUGAUGGAUGAGGAGGCAGUGCAGGAUGUGAUGGAUGAGGAGGCAGUGCAGGAUGUGAUGGAUGAGGAGGCAGUGCAGGAUGUGAUGGAUGAGGAGGCAGUGCAGGAUGGGAUGGAUGAGGAGGCAGUGCAGGAUGUGAUGGAUGAGGAGGCAGUGCAGGAUGUGAUGGAUGAGGAGGCAGUGCAGGAUGGGAUGGAUGAGGAGGCAGUGCAGGAUGUGAUGGAUGAGGAGGCAGUGCAGGAUGGGAUGGAUGAGGAGGCAGUGCAGGAUGUGAUGGAUGAGGAGGCAGUGCAGGAUGGGAUGGAUGAGGAGGCAGUGCAGGAUGUGAUGGAUGAGGAGGCAGUGCAGGAUGUGAUGGAUGAGGAGGCAGUGCAGGAUGUGAUGGAUGAGGAGGCAGUGCAGGAUGUGAUGGAUGAGGAGGCAGUGCAGGAUGUGAUGGAUGAGGAGGCAGUGCAGGAUGUGAUGGAUGAGGAGGCAGUGCAGGAUGUGAUGGAUGAGGAGGCAGUGCAGGAUGUGAUGGAUGAGGAGGCAGUGCAGGAUGGGAUGGAUGAGGAGGCAGUGCAGGAUGUGAUGGAUGAGGAGGCAGUGCAGGAUGUGAUGGAUGAGGAGGCAGUGCAGGAUGGGAUGGAUGAGGAGGCAGUGCAGGAUGUGAUGGAUGAGGAGGCAGUGCAGGAUGUGAUGGAUGAGGAGGCAGUGCAGGAUGUGAUGGAUGAGGAGGCAGUGCAGGAUGUGAUGGAUGAGGAGGCAGUGCAGGAUGGGAUGGAUGAGGAGGCAGUGCAGGAUGUGAUGGAUGAGGAGGCAGUGCAGGAUGUGAUGGAUGAGGAGGCAGUGCAGGAUGGGAUGGAUGAGGAGGCAGUGCAGGAUGUGAUGGAUGAGGAGGCAGUGCAGGAUGGGAUGGAUGAGGAGGCAGUGCAGGAUGUGAUGGAUGAGGAGGCAGUGCAGGAUGGGAUGGAUGAGGAGGCAGUGCAGGAUGUGAUGGAUGAGGAGGCAGUGCAGGAUGUGAUGGAUGAGGAGGCAGUGCAGGAUGUGAUGGAUGAGGAGGCAGUGCAGGAUGUGAUGGAUGAGGAGGCAGUGCAGGAUGUGAUGGAUGAGGAGGCAGUGCAGGAUGGGAUGGAUGAGGAGGCAGUGCAGGAUGUGAUGGAUGAGGAGGCAGUGCAGGAUGUGAUGGAUGAGGAGGCAGUGCAGGAUGGGAUGGAUGAGGAGGCAGUGCAGGAUGUGAUGGAUGAGGAGGCAGUGCAGGAUGGGAUGGAUGAGGAGGCAGUGCAGGAUGUGAUGGAUGAGGAGGCAGUGCAGGAUGGGAUGGAUGAGGAGGCAGUGCAGGAUGUGAUGGAUGAGGAGGCAGUGCAGGAUGUGAUGGAUGAGGAGGCAGUGCAGGAUGUGAUGGAUGAGGAGGCAGUGCAGGAUGUGAUGGAUGAGGAGGCAGUGCAGGAUGUGAUGGAUGAGGAGGCAGUGCAGGAUGUGAUGGAUGAGGAGGCAGUGCAGGAUGUGAUGGAUGAGGAGGCAGUGCAGGAUGUGAUGGAUGAGGAGGCAGUGCAGGAUGGGAUGGAUGAGGAGGCAGUGCAGGAUGUGAUGGAUGAGGAGGCAGUGCAGGAUGUGAUGGAUGAGGAGGCAGUGCAGGAUGGGAUGGAUGAGGAGGCAGUGCAGGAUGUGAUGGAUGAGGAGGCAGUGCAGGAUGUGAUGGAUGAGGAGGCAGUGCAGGAUGUGAUGGAUGAGGAGGCAGUGCAGGAUGUGAUGGAUGAGGAGGCAGUGCAGGAUGUGAUGGAUGAGGAGGCAGUGCAGGAUGUGAUGGAUGAGGAGGCAGUGCAGGAUGUGAUGGAUGAGGAGGCAGUGCAGGAUGUGAUGGAUGAGGAGGCAGUGCAGGAUGGGAUGGAUGAGGAGGCAGUGCAGGAUGUGAUGGAUGAGGAGGCAGUGCAGGAUGUGAUGGAUGAGGAGGCAGUGCAGGAUGUGAUGGAUGAGGAGGCAGUGCAGGAUGGGAUGGAUGAGGAGGCAGUGCAGGAUGUGAUGGAUGAGGAGGCAGUGCAGGAUGUGAUGGAUGAGGAGGCAGUGCAGGAUGGGAUGGAUGAGGAGGCAGUGCAGGAUGUGAUGGAUGAGGAGGCAGUGCAGGAUGUGAUGGAUGAGGAGGCAGUGCAGGAUGUGAUGGAUGAGGAGGCAGUGCAGGAUGGGAUGGAUGAGGAGGCAGUGCAGGAUGGGAUGGAUGAGGAGGCAGUGCAGGAUGAUGUGAUGGAUGAGGAGGCAGUGCAGGAUGUGAUGGAUGAGGAGGCAGUGCAGGAUGUGAUGGAUGAGGAGGCAGUGCAGGAUGGGAUGGAUGAGGAGGCAGUGCAGGAUGUGAUGGAUGAGGAGGCAGUGCAGGAUGGGAUGGAUGAGGAGGCAGUGCAGGAUGUGAUGGAUGAGGAGGCAGUGCAGGAUGGGAUGGAUGAGGAGGCAGUGCAGGAUGUGAUGGAUGAGGAGGCAGUGCAGGAUGUGAUGGAUGAGGAGGCAGUGCAGGAUGUGAUGGAUGAGGAGGCAGUGCAGGAUGUGAUGGAUGAGGAGGCAGUGCAGGAUGUGAUGGAUGAGGAGGCAGUGCAGGAUGUGAUGGAUGAGGAGGCAGUGCAGGAUGUGAUGGAUGAGGAGGCAGUGCAGGAUGUGAUGGAUGAGGAGGCAGUGCAGGAUGGGAUGGAUGAGGAGGCAGUGCAGGAUGUGAUGGAUGAGGAGGCAGUGCAGGAUGUGAUGGAUGAGGAGGCAGUGCAGGAUGGGAUGGAUGAGGAGGCAGUGCAGGAUGUGAUGGAUGAGGAGGCAGUGCAGGAUGUGAUGGAUGAGGAGGCAGUGCAGGAUGGGAUGGAUGAGGAGGCAGUGCAGGAUGUGAUGGAUGAGGAGGCAGUGCAGGAUGUGAUGGAUGAGGAGGCAGUGCAGGAUGGGAUGGAUGAGGAGGCAGUGCAGGAUGUGAUGGAUGAGGAGGCAGUGCAGGAUGUGAUGGAUGAGGAGGCAGUGCAGGAUGGGAUGGAUGAGGAGGCAGUGCAGGAUGUGAUGGAUGAGGAGGCAGUGCAGGAUGGGAUGGAUGAGGAGGCAGUGCAGGAUGUGAUGGAUGAGGAGGCAGUGCAGGAUGGGAUGGAUGAGGAGGCAGUGCAGGAUGUGAUGGAUGAGGAGGCAGUGCAGGAUGUGAUGGAUGAGGAGGCAGUGCAGGAUGUGAUGGAUGAGGAGGCAGUGCAGGAUGUGAUGGAUGAGGAGGCAGUGCAGGAUGUGAUGGAUGAGGAGGCAGUGCAGGAUGGGAUGGAUGAGGAGGCAGUGCAGGAUGUGAUGGAUGAGGAGGCAGUGCAGGAUGUGAUGGAUGAGGAGGCAGUGCAGGAUGGGAUGGAUGAGGAGGCAGUGCAGGAUGUGAUGGAUGAGGAGGCAGUGCAGGAUGGGAUGGAUGAGGAGGCAGUGCAGGAUGUGAUGGAUGAGGAGGCAGUGCAGGAUGGGAUGGAUGAGGAGGCAGUGCAGGAUGUGAUGGAUGAGGAGGCAGUGCAGGAUGUGAUGGAUGAGGAGGCAGUGCAGGAUGUGAUGGAUGAGGAGGCAGUGCAGGAUGUGAUGGAUGAGGAGGCAGUGCAGGAUGUGAUGGAUGAGGAGGCAGUGCAGGAUGUGAUGGAUGAGGAGGCAGUGCAGGAUGUGAUGGAUGAGGAGGCAGUGCAGGAUGUGAUGGAUGAGGAGGCAGUGCAGGAUGGGAUGGAUGAGGAGGCAGUGCAGGAUGUGAUGGAUGAGGAGGCAGUGCAGGAUGUGAUGGAUGAGGAGGCAGUGCAGGAUGGGAUGGAUGAGGAGGCAGUGCAGGAUGUGAUGGAUGAGGAGGCAGUGCAGGAUGUGAUGGAUGAGGAGGCAGUGCAGGAUGUGAUGGAUGAGGAGGCAGUGCAGGAUGUGAUGGAUGAGGAGGCAGUGCAGGAUGUGAUGGAUGAGGAGGCAGUGCAGGAUGUGAUGGAUGAGGAGGCAGUGCAGGAUGUGAUGGAUGAGGAGGCAGUGCAGGAUGUGAUGGAUGAGGAGGCAGUGCAGGAUGGGAUGGAUGAGGAGGCAGUGCAGGAUGUGAUGGAUGAGGAGGCAGUGCAGGAUGUGAUGGAUGAGGAGGCAGUGCAGGAUGUGAUGGAUGAGGAGGCAGUGCAGGAUGGGAUGGAUGAGGAGGCAGUGCAGGAUGUGAUGGAUGAGGAGGCAGUGCAGGAUGUGAUGGAUGAGGAGGCAGUGCAGGAUGGGAUGGAUGAGGAGGCAGUGCAGGAUGUGAUGGAUGAGGAGGCAGUGCAGGAUGUGAUGGAUGAGGAGGCAGUGCAGGAUGUGAUGGAUGAGGAGGCAGUGCAGGAUGGGAUGGAUGAGGAGGCAGUGCAGGAUGGGAUGGAUGAGGAGGCAGUGCAGGAUGUGAUGGAUGAGGAGGCAGUGCAGGAUGUGAUGGAUGAGGAGGCAGUGCAGGAUGUGAUGGAUGAGGAGGCAGUGCAGGAUGUGAUGGAUGAGGAGGCAGUGCAGGAUGUGAUGGAUGAGGAGGCAGUGCAGGAUGUGAUGGAUGAGGAGGCAGUGCAGGAUGUGAUGGAUGAGGAGGCAGUGCAGGAUGUGAUGGAUGAGGAGGCAGUGCAGGAUGUGAUGGAUGAGGAGGCAGUGCAGGAUGUGAUGGAUGAGGAGGCAGUGCAGGAUGGGAUGGAUGAGGAGGCAGUGCAGGAUGUGAUGGAUGAGGAGGCAGUGCAGGAUGUGAUGGAUGAGGAGGCAGUGCAGGAUGGGAUGGAUGAGGAGGCAGUGCAGGAUGUGAUGGAUGAGGAGGCAGUGCAGGAUGUGAUGGAUGAGGAGGCAGUGCAGGAUGUGAUGGAUGAGGAGGCAGUGCAGGAUGGGAUGGAUGAGGAGGCAGUGCAGGAUGUGAUGGAUGAGGAGGCAGUGCAGGAUGGGAUGGAUGAGGAGGCAGUGCAGGAUGUGAUGGAUGAGGAGGCAGUGCAGGAUGUGAUGGAUGAGGAGGCAGUGCAGGAUGUGAUGGAUGAGGAGGCAGUGCAGGAUGGGAUGGAUGAGGAGGCAGUGCAGGAUGUGAUGGAUGAGGAGGCAGUGCAGGAUGUGAUGGAUGAGGAGGCAGUGCAGGAUGUGAUGGAUGAGGAGGCAGUGCAGGAUGUGAUGGAUGAGGAGGCAGUGCAGGAUGGGAUGGAUGAGGAGGCAGUGCAGGAUGUGAUGGAUGAGGAGGCAGUGCAGGAUGUGAUGGAUGAGGAGGCAGUGCAGGAUGUGAUGGAUGAGGAGGCAGUGCAGGAUGUGAUGGAUGAGGAGGCAGUGCAGGAUGUGAUGGAUGAGGAGGCAGUGCAGGAUGUGAUGGAUGAGGAGGCAGUGCAGGAUGUGAUGGAUGAGGAGGCAGUGCAGGAUGUGAUGGAUGAGGAGGCAGUGCAGGAUGUGAUGGAUGAGGAGGCAGUGCAGGAUGGGAUGGAUGAGGAGGCAGUGCAGGAUGUGAUGGAUGAGGAGGCAGUGCAGGAUGUGAUGGAUGAGGAGGCAGUGCAGGAUGUGAUGGAUGAGGAGGCAGUGCAGGAUGUGAUGGAUGAGGAGGCAGUGCAGGAUGUGAUGGAUGAGGAGGCAGUGCAGGAUGUGAUGGAUGAGGAGGCAGUGCAGGAUGUGAUGGAUGAGGAGGCAGUGCAGGAUGUGAUGGAUGAGGAGGCAGUGCAGGAUGUGAUGGAUGAGGAGGCAGUGCAGGAUGUGAUGGAUGAGGAGGCAGUGCAGGAUGUGAUGGAUGAGGAGGCAGUGCAGGAUGUGAUGGAUGAGGAGGCAGUGCAGGAUGGGAUGGAUGAGGAGGCAGUGCAGGAUGGGAUGGAUGAGGAGGCAGUGCAGGAUGGGAUGGAUGAGGAGGCAGUGCAGGAUGGGAUGGAUGAGGAGGCAGUGCAGGAUGGGAUGGAUGAGGAGGCAGUGCAGGAUGUGAUGGAUGAGGAGGCAGUGCAGGAUGGGAUGGAUGAGGAGGCAGUGCAGGAUGGGAUGGAUGAGGAGGCAGUGCAGGAUGGGAUGGAUGAGGAGGCAGUGCAGGAUGGGAUGGAUGAGGAGGCAGUGCAGGAUGUGAUGGAUGAGGAGGCAGUGCAGGAUGUGAUGGAUGAGGAGGCAGUGCAGGAUGUGAUGGAUGAGGAGGCAGUGCAGGAUGUGAUGGAUGAGGAGGCAGUGCAGGAUGGGAUGGAUGAGGAGGCAGUGCAGGAUGGGAUGGAUGAGGAGGCAGUGCAGGAUGGGAUGGAUGAGGAGGCAGUGCAGGAUGUGAUGGAUGAGGAGGCAGUGCAGGAUGUGAUGGAUGAGGAGGCAGUGCAGGAUGGGAUGGAUGAGGAGGCAGUGCAGGAUGGGAUGGAUGAGGAGGCAGUGCAGGAUGGGAUGGAUGAGGAGGCAGUGCAGGAUGGGAUGGAUGAGGAGGCAGUGCAGGAUGUGAUGGAUGAGGAGGCAGUGCAGGAUGUGAUGGAUGAGGAGGCAGUGCAGGAUGUGAUGGAUGAGGAGGCAGUGCAGGAUGUGAUGGAUGAGGAGGCAGUGCAGGAUGGGAUGGAUGAGGAGGCAGUGCAGGAUGGGAUGGAUGAGGAGGCAGUGCAGGAUGGGAUGGAUGAGGAGGCAGUGCAGGAUGUGAUGGAUGAGGAGGCAGUGCAGGAUGUGAUGGAUGAGGAGGCAGUGCAGGAUGUGAUGGAUGAGGAGGCAGUGCAGGAUGUGAUGGAUGAGGAGGCAGUGCAGGAUGUGAUGGAUGAGGAGGCAGUGCAGGAUGGGAUGGAUGAGGAGGCAGUGCAGGAUGGGAUGGAUGAGGAGGCAGUGCAGGAUGGGAUGGAUGAGGAGGCAGUGCAGGAUGGGAUGGAUGAGGAGGCAGUGCAGGAUGGGAUGGAUGAGGAGGCAGUGCAGGAUGUGAUGGAUGAGGAGGCAGUGCAGGAUGUGAUGGAUGAGGAGGCAGUGCAGGAUGUGAUGGAUGAGGAGGCAGUGCAGGAUGUGAUGGAUGAGGAGGCAGUGCAGGAUGGGAUGGAUGAGGAGGCAGUGCAGGAUGGGAUGGAUGAGGAGGCAGUGCAGGAUGGGAUGGAUGAGGAGGCAGUGCAGGAUGUGAUGGAUGAGGAGGCAGUGCAGGAUGGGAUGGAUGAGGAGGCAGUGCAGGAUGUGAUGGAUGAGGAGGCAGUGCAGGAUGUGAUGGAUGAGGAGGCAGUGCAGGAUGUGAUGGAUGAGGAGGCAGUGCAGGAUGUGAUGGAUGAGGAGGCAGUGCAGGAUGGGAUGGAUGAGGAGGCAGUGCAGGAUGUGAUGGAUGAGGAGGCAGUGCAGGAUGGGAUGGAUGAGGAGGCAGUGCAGGAUGGGAUGGAUGAGGAGGCAGUGCAGGAUGUGAUGGAUGAGGAGGCAGUGCAGGAUGUGAUGGAUGAGGAGGCAGUGCAGGAUGUGAUGGAUGAGGAGGCAGUGCAGGAUGUGAUGGAUGAGGAGGCAGUGCAGGAUGUGAUGGAUGAGGAGGCAGUGCAGGAUGUGAUGGAUGAGGAGGCAGUGCAGGAUGUGAUGGAUGAGGAGGCAGUGCAGGAUGUGAUGGAUGAGGAGGCAGUGCAGGAUGUGAUGGAUGAGGAGGCAGUGCAGGAUGGGAUGGAUGAGGAGGCAGUGCAGGAUGUGAUGGAUGAGGAGGCAGUGCAGGAUGUGAUGGAUGAGGAGGCAGUGCAGGAUGUGAUGGAUGAGGAGGCAGUGCAGGAUGUGAUGGAUGAGGAGGCAGUGCAGGAUGUGAUGGAUGAGGAGGCAGUGCAGGAUGGGAUGGAUGAGGAGGCAGUGCAGGAUGGGAUGGAUGAGGAGGCAGUGCAGGAUGGGAUGGAUGAGGAGGCAGUGCAGGAUGGGAUGGAUGAGGAGGCAGUGCAGGAUGUGAUGGAUGAGGAGGCAGUGCAGGAUGUGAUGGAUGAGGAGGCAGUGCAGGAUGUGAUGGAUGAGGAGGCAGUGCAGGAUGGGAUGGAUGAGGAGGCAGUGCAGGAUGGGAUGGAUGAGGAGGCAGUGCAGGAUGGGAUGGAUGAGGAGGCAGUGCAGGAUGGGAUGGAUGAGGAGGCAGUGCAGGAUGGGAUGGAUGAGGAGGCAGUGCAGGAUGUGAUGGAUGAGGAGGCAGUGCAGGAUGUGAUGGAUGAGGAGGCAGUGCAGGAUGUGAUGGAUGAGGAGGCAGUGCAGGAUGUGAUGGAUGAGGAGGCAGUGCAGGAUGGGAUGGAUGAGGAGGCAGUGCAGGAUGGGAUGGAUGAGGAGGCAGUGCAGGAUGGGAUGGAUGAGGAGGCAGUGCAGGAUGUGAUGGAUGAGGAGGCAGUGCAGGAUGGGAUGGAUGAGGAGGCAGUGCAGGAUGGGAUGGAUGAGGAGGCAGUGCAGGAUGGGAUGGAUGAGGAGGCAGUGCAGGAUGUGAUGGAUGAGGAGGCAGUGCAGGAUGGGAUGGAUGAGGAGGCAGUGCAGGAUGGGAUGGAUGAGGAGGCAGUGCAGGAUGGGAUGGAUGAGGAGGCAGUGCAGGAUGGGAUGGAUGAGGAGGCAGUGCAGGAUGUGAUGGAUGAGGAGGCAGUGCAGGAUGUGAUGGAUGAGGAGGCAGUGCAGGAUGUGAUGGAUGAGGAGGCAGUGCAGGAUGUGAUGGAUGAGGAGGCAGUGCAGGAUGUGAUGGAUGAGGAGGCAGUGCAGGAUGGGAUGGAUGAGGAGGCAGUGCAGGAUGGGAUGGAUGAGGAGGCAGUGCAGGAUGGGAUGGAUGAGGAGGCAGUGCAGGAUGUGAUGGAUGAGGAGGCAGUGCAGGAUGUGAUGGAUGAGGAGGCAGUGCAGGAUGGGAUGGAUGAGGAGGCAGUGCAGGAUGUGAUGGAUGAGGAGGCAGUGCAGGAUGGGAUGGAUGAGGAGGCAGUGCAGGAUGUGAUGGAUGAGGAGGCAGUGCAGGAUGGGAUGGAUGAGGAGGCAGUGCAGGAUGUGAUGGAUGAGGAGGCAGUGCAGGAUGUGAUGGAUGAGGAGGCAGUGCAGGAUGGGAUGGAUGAGGAGGCAGUGCAGGAUGUGAUGGAUGAGGAGGCAGUGCAGGAUGGGAUGGAUGAGGAGGCAGUGCAGGAUGGGAUGGAUGAGGAGGCAGUGCAGGAUGGGAUGGAUGAGGAGGCAGUGCAGGAUGUGAUGGAUGAGGAGGCAGUGCAGGAUGGGAUGGAUGAGGAGGCAGUGCAGGAUGGGAUGGAUGAGGAGGCAGUGCAGGAUGGGAUGGAUGAGGAGGCAGUGCAGGAUGGGAUGGAUGAGGAGGCAGUGCAGGAUGUGAUGGAUGAGGAGGCAGUGCAGGAUGUGAUGGAUGAGGAGGCAGUGCAGGAUGUGAUGGAUGAGGAGGCAGUGCAGGAUGUGAUGGAUGAGGAGGCAGUGCAGGAUGUGAUGGAUGAGGAGGCAGUGCAGGAUGUGAUGGAUGAGGAGGCAGUGCAGGAUGUGAUGGAUGAGGAGGCAGUGCAGGAUGGGAUGGAUGAGGAGGCAGUGCAGGAUGUGAUGGAUGAGGAGGCAGUGCAGGAUGUGAUGGAUGAGGAGGCAGUGCAGGAUGGGAUGGAUGAGGAGGCAGUGCAGGAUGGGAUGGAUGAGGAGGCAGUGCAGGAUGUGAUGGAUGAGGAGGCAGUGCAGGAUGGGAUGGAUGAGGAGGCAGUGCAGGAUGGGAUGGAUGAGGAGGCAGUGCAGGAUGGGAUGGAUGAGGAGGCAGUGCAGGAUGGGAUGGAUGAGGAGGCAGUGCAGGAUGGGAUGGAUGAGGAGGCAGUGCAGGAUGGGAUGGAUGAGGAGGCAGUGCAGGAUGUGAUGGAUGAGGAGGCAGUGCAGGAUGGGAUGGAUGAGGAGGCAGUGCAGGAUGUGAUGGAUGAGGAGGCAGUGCAGGAUGUGAUGGAUGAGGAGGCAGUGCAGGAUGGGAUGGAUGAGGAGGCAGUGCAGGAUGGGAUGGAUGAGGAGGCAGUGCAGGAUGGGAUGGAUGAGGAGGCAGUGCAGGAUGGGAUGGAUGAGGAGGCAGUGCAGGAUGUGAUGGAUGAGGAGGCAGUGCAGGAUGUGAUGGAUGAGGAGGCAGUGCAGGAUGGGAUGGAUGAGGAGGCAGUGCAGGAUGGGAUGGAUGAGGAGGCAGUGCAGGAUGGGAUGGAUGAGGAGGCAGUGCAGGAUGGGAUGGAUGAGGAGGCAGUGCAGGAUGUGAUGGAUGAGGAGGCAGUGCAGGAUGUGAUGGAUGAGGAGGCAGUGCAGGAUGUGAUGGAUGAGGAGGCAGUGCAGGAUGGGAUGGAUGAGGAGGCAGUGCAGGAUGGGAUGGAUGAGGAGGCAGUGCAGGAUGUGAUGGAUGAGGAGGCAGUGCAGGAUGGGAUGGAUGAGGAGGCAGUGCAGGAUGGGAUGGAUGAGGAGGCAGUGCAGGAUGGGAUGGAUGAGGAGGCAGUGCAGGAUGUGAUGGAUGAGGAGGCAGUGCAGGAUGGGAUGGAUGAGGAGGCAGUGCAGGAUGGGAUGGAUGAGGAGGCAGUGCAGGAUGGGAUGGAUGAGGAGGCAGUGCAGGAUGGGAUGGAUGAGGAGGCAGUGCAGGAUGUGAUGGAUGAGGAGGCAGUGCAGGAUGUGAUGGAUGAGGAGGCAGUGCAGGAUGUGAUGGAUGAGGAGGCAGUGCAGGAUGUGAUGGAUGAGGAGGCAGUGCAGGAUGUGAUGGAUGAGGAGGCAGUGCAGGAUGGGAUGGAUGAGGAGGCAGUGCAGGAUGGGAUGGAUGAGGAGGCAGUGCAGGAUGUGAUGGAUGAGGAGGCAGUGCAGGAUGGGAUGGAUGAGGAGGCAGUGCAGGAUGGGAUGGAUGAGGAGGCAGUGCAGGAUGUGAUGGAUGAGGAGGCAGUGCAGGAUGUGAUGGAUGAGGAGGCAGUGCAGGAUGUGAUGGAUGAGGAGGCAGUGCAGGAUGGGAUGGAUGAGGAGGCAGUGCAGGAUGGGAUGGAUGAGGAGGCAGUGCAGGAUGGGAUGGAUGAGGAGGCAGUGCAGGAUGGGAUGGAUGAGGAGGCAGUGCAGGAUGUGAUGGAUGAGGAGGCAGUGCAGGAUGUGAUGGAUGAGGAGGCAGUGCAGGAUGUGAUGGAUGAGGAGGCAGUGCAGGAUGGGAUGGAUGAGGAGGCAGUGCAGGAUGUGAUGGAUGAGGAGGCAGUGCAGGAUGGGAUGGAUGAGGAGGCAGUGCAGGAUGUGAUGGAUGAGGAGGCAGUGCAGGAUGUGAUGGAUGAGGAGGCAGUGCAGGAUGGGAUGGAUGAGGAGGCAGUGCAGGAUGGGAUGGAUGAGGAGGCAGUGCAGGAUGGGAUGGAUGAGGAGGCAGUGCAGGAUGGGAUGGAUGAGGAGGCAGUGCAGGAUGUGAUGGAUGAGGAGGCAGUGCAGGAUGUGAUGGAUGAGGAGGCAGUGCAGGAUGUGAUGGAUGAGGAGGCAGUGCAGGAUGGGAUGGAUGAGGAGGCAGUGCAGGAUGGGAUGGAUGAGGAGGCAGUGCAGGAUGGGAUGGAUGAGGAGGCAGUGCAGGAUGUGAUGGAUGAGGAGGCAGUGCAGGAUGUGAUGGAUGAGGAGGCAGUGCAGGAUGUGAUGGAUGAGGAGGCAGUGCAGGAUGGGAUGGAUGAGGAGGCAGUGCAGGAUGGGAUGGAUGAGGAGGCAGUGCAGGAUGUGAUGGAUGAGGAGGCAGUGCAGGAUGGGAUGGAUGAGGAGGCAGUGCAGGAUGUGAUGGAUGAGGAGGCAGUGCAGGAUGUGAUGGAUGAGGAGGCAGUGCAGGAUGUGAUGGAUGAGGAGGCAGUGCAGGAUGGGAUGGAUGAGGAGGCAGUGCAGGAUGGGAUGGAUGAGGAGGCAGUGCAGGAUGUGAUGGAUGAGGAGGCAGUGCAGGAUGUGAUGGAUGAGGAGGCAGUGCAGGAUGUGAUGGAUGAGGAGGCAGUGCAGGAUGGGAUGGAUGAGGAGGCAGUGCAGGAUGGGAUGGAUGAGGAGGCAGUGCAGGAUGUGAUGGAUGAGGAGGCAGUGCAGGAUGGGAUGGAUGAGGAGGCAGUGCAGGAUGUGAUGGAUGAGGAGGCAGUGCAGGAUGUGAUGGAUGAGGAGGCAGUGCAGGAUGGGAUGGAUGAGGAGGCAGUGCAGGAUGUGAUGGAUGAGGAGGCAGUGCAGGAUGUGAUGGAUGAGGAGGCAGUGCAGGAUGUGAUGGAUGAGGAGGCAGUGCAGGAUGGGAUGGAUGAGGAGGCAGUGCAGGAUGGGAUGGAUGAGGAGGCAGUGCAGGAUGUGAUGGAUGAGGAGGCAGUGCAGGAUGUGAUGGAUGAGGAGGCAGUGCAGGAUGUGAUGGAUGAGGAGGCAGUGCAGGAUGGGAUGGAUGAGGAGGCAGUGCAGGAUGGGAUGGAUGAGGAGGCAGUGCAGGAUGUGAUGGAUGAGGAGGCAGUGCAGGAUGUGAUGGAUGAGGAGGCAGUGCAGGAUGUGAUGGAUGAGGAGGCAGUGCAGGAUGGGAUGGAUGAGGAGGCAGUGCAGGAUGGGAUGGAUGAGGAGGCAGUGCAGGAUGGGAUGGAUGAGGAGGCAGUGCAGGAUGGGAUGGAUGAGGAGGCAGUGCAGGAUGGGAUGGAUGAGGAGGCAGUGCAGGAUGUGAUGGAUGAGGAGGCAGUGCAGGAUGUGAUGGAUGAGGAGGCAGUGCAGGAUGUGAUGGAUGAGGAGGCAGUGCAGGAUGGGAUGGAUGAGGAGGCAGUGCAGGAUGUGAUGGAUGAGGAGGCAGUGCAGGAUGGGAUGGAUGAGGAGGCAGUGCAGGAUGGGAUGGAUGAGGAGGCAGUGCAGGAUGGGAUGGAUGAGGAGGCAGUGCAGGAUGGGAUGGAUGAGGAGGCAGUGCAGGAUGUGAUGGAUGAGGAGGCAGUGCAGGAUGGGAUGGAUGAGGAGGCAGUGCAGGAUGUGAUGGAUGAGGAGGCAGUGCAGGAUGUGAUGGAUGAGGAGGCAGUGCAGGAUGUGAUGGAUGAGGAGGCAGUGCAGGAUGUGAUGGAUGAGGAGGCAGUGCAGGAUGGGAUGGAUGAGGAGGCAGUGCAGGAUGUGAUGGAUGAGGAGGCAGUGCAGGAUGUGAUGGAUGAGGAGGCAGUGCAGGAUGGGAUGGAUGAGGAGGCAGUGCAGGAUGGGAUGGAUGAGGAGGCAGUGCAGGAUGUGAUGGAUGAGGAGGCAGUGCAGGAUGGGAUGGAUGAGGAGGCAGUGCAGGAUGUGAUGGAUGAGGAGGCAGUGCAGGAUGUGAUGGAUGAGGAGGCAGUGCAGGAUGUGAUGGAUGAGGAGGCAGUGCAGGAUGGGAUGGAUGAGGAGGCAGUGCAGGAUGUGAUGGAUGAGGAGGCAGUGCAGGAUGGGAUGGAUGAGGAGGCAGUGCAGGAUGUGAUGGAUGAGGAGGCAGUGCAGGAUGGGAUGGAUGAGGAGGCAGUGCAGGAUGUGAUGGAUGAGGAGGCAGUGCAGGAUGUGAUGGAUGAGGAGGCAGUGCAGGAUGUGAUGGAUGAGGAGGCAGUGCAGGAUGUGAUGGAUGAGGAGGCAGUGCAGGAUGGGAUGGAUGAGGAGGCAGUGCAGGAUGUGAUGGAUGAGGAGGCAGUGCAGGAUGUGAUGGAUGAGGAGGCAGUGCAGGAUGUGAUGGAUGAGGAGGCAGUGCAGGAUGGGAUGGAUGAGGAGGCAGUGCAGGAUGGGAUGGAUGAGGAGGCAGUGCAGGAUGGGAUGGAUGAGGAGGCAGUGCAGGAUGGGAUGGAUGAGGAGGCAGUGCAGGAUGUGAUGGAUGAGGAGGCAGUGCAGGAUGUGAUGGAUGAGGAGGCAGUGCAGGAUGUGAUGGAUGAGGAGGCAGUGCAGGAUGGGAUGGAUGAGGAGGCAGUGCAGGAUGUGAUGGAUGAGGAGGCAGUGCAGGAUGUGAUGGAUGAGGAGGCAGUGCAGGAUGGGAUGGAUGAGGAGGCAGUGCAGGAUGUGAUGGAUGAGGAGGCAGUGCAGGAUGGGAUGGAUGAGGAGGCAGUGCAGGAUGGGAUGGAUGAGGAGGCAGUGCAGGAUGUGAUGGAUGAGGAGGCAGUGCAGGAUGUGAUGGAUGAGGAGGCAGUGCAGGAUGGGAUGGAUGAGGAGGCAGUGCAGGAUGGGAUGGAUGAGGAGGCAGUGCAGGAUGUGAUGGAUGAGGAGGCAGUGCAGGAUGUGAUGGAUGAGGAGGCAGUGCAGGAUGUGAUGGAUGAGGAGGCAGUGCAGGAUGUGAUGGAUGAGGAGGCAGUGCAGGAUGGGAUGGAUGAGGAGGCAGUGCAGGAUGUGAUGGAUGAGGAGGCAGUGCAGGAUGUGAUGGAUGAGGAGGCAGUGCAGGAUGGGAUGGAUGAGGAGGCAGUGCAGGAUGGGAUGGAUGAGGAGGCAGUGCAGGAUGUGAUGGAUGAGGAGGCAGUGCAGGAUGGGAUGGAUGAGGAGGCAGUGCAGGAUGUGAUGGAUGAGGAGGCAGUGCAGGAUGUGAUGGAUGAGGAGGCAGUGCAGGAUGUGAUGGAUGAGGAGGCAGUGCAGGAUGUGAUGGAUGAGGAGGCAGUGCAGGAUGUGAUGGAUGAGGAGGCAGUGCAGGAUGGGAUGGAUGAGGAGGCAGUGCAGGAUGGGAUGGAUGAGGAGGCAGUGCAGGAUGUGAUGGAUGAGGAGGCAGUGCAGGAUGGGAUGGAUGAGGAGGCAGUGCAGGAUGGGAUGGAUGAGGAGGCAGUGCAGGAUGUGAUGGAUGAGGAGGCAGUGCAGGAUGUGAUGGAUGAGGAGGCAGUGCAGGAUGUGAUGGAUGAGGAGGCAGUGCAGGAUGGGAUGGAUGAGGAGGCAGUGCAGGAUGGGAUGGAUGAGGAGGCAGUGCAGGAUGGGAUGGAUGAGGAGGCAGUGCAGGAUGGGAUGGAUGAGGAGGCAGUGCAGGAUGUGAUGGAUGAGGAGGCAGUGCAGGAUGUGAUGGAUGAGGAGGCAGUGCAGGAUGUGAUGGAUGAGGAGGCAGUGCAGGAUGGGAUGGAUGAGGAGGCAGUGCAGGAUGUGAUGGAUGAGGAGGCAGUGCAGGAUGGGAUGGAUGAGGAGGCAGUGCAGGAUGUGAUGGAUGAGGAGGCAGUGCAGGAUGUGAUGGAUGAGGAGGCAGUGCAGGAUGGGAUGGAUGAGGAGGCAGUGCAGGAUGGGAUGGAUGAGGAGGCAGUGCAGGAUGGGAUGGAUGAGGAGGCAGUGCAGGAUGGGAUGGAUGAGGAGGCAGUGCAGGAUGUGAUGGAUGAGGAGGCAGUGCAGGAUGUGAUGGAUGAGGAGGCAGUGCAGGAUGUGAUGGAUGAGGAGGCAGUGCAGGAUGGGAUGGAUGAGGAGGCAGUGCAGGAUGGGAUGGAUGAGGAGGCAGUGCAGGAUGGGAUGGAUGAGGAGGCAGUGCAGGAUGUGAUGGAUGAGGAGGCAGUGCAGGAUGUGAUGGAUGAGGAGGCAGUGCAGGAUGUGAUGGAUGAGGAGGCAGUGCAGGAUGGGAUGGAUGAGGAGGCAGUGCAGGAUGGGAUGGAUGAGGAGGCAGUGCAGGAUGUGAUGGAUGAGGAGGCAGUGCAGGAUGGGAUGGAUGAGGAGGCAGUGCAGGAUGUGAUGGAUGAGGAGGCAGUGCAGGAUGUGAUGGAUGAGGAGGCAGUGCAGGAUGUGAUGGAUGAGGAGGCAGUGCAGGAUGGGAUGGAUGAGGAGGCAGUGCAGGAUGUGAUGGAUGAGGAGGCAGUGCAGGAUGUGAUGGAUGAGGAGGCAGUGCAGGAUGGGAUGGAUGAGGAGGCAGUGCAGGAUGUGAUGGAUGAGGAGGCAGUGCAGGAUGGGAUGGAUGAGGAGGCAGUGCAGGAUGUGAUGGAUGAGGAGGCAGUGCAGGAUGUGAUGGAUGAGGAGGCAGUGCAGGAUGUGAUGGAUGAGGAGGCAGUGCAGGAUGUGAUGGAUGAGGAGGCAGUGCAGGAUGGGAUGGAUGAGGAGGCAGUGCAGGAUGUGAUGGAUGAGGAGGCAGUGCAGGAUGGGAUGGAUGAGGAGGCAGUGCAGGAUGGGAUGGAUGAGGAGGCAGUGCAGGAUGUGAUGGAUGAGGAGGCAGUGCAGGAUGGGAUGGAUGAGGAGGCAGUGCAGGAUGUGAUGGAUGAGGAGGCAGUGCAGGAUGUGAUGGAUGAGGAGGCAGUGCAGGAUGUGAUGGAUGAGGAGGCAGUGCAGGAUGUGAUGGAUGAGGAGGCAGUGCAGGAUGGGAUGGAUGAGGAGGCAGUGCAGGAUGUGAUGGAUGAGGAGGCAGUGCAGGAUGUGAUGGAUGAGGAGGCAGUGCAGGAUGUGAUGGAUGAGGAGGCAGUGCAGGAUGGGAUGGAUGAGGAGGCAGUGCAGGAUGGGAUGGAUGAGGAGGCAGUGCAGGAUGGGAUGGAUGAGGAGGCAGUGCAGGAUGUGAUGGAUGAGGAGGCAGUGCAGGAUGUGAUGGAUGAGGAGGCAGUGCAGGAUGGGAUGGAUGAGGAGGCAGUGCAGGAUGGGAUGGAUGAGGAGGCAGUGCAGGAUGGGAUGGAUGAGGAGGCAGUGCAGGAUGGGAUGGAUGAGGAGGCAGUGCAGGAUGUGAUGGAUGAGGAGGCAGUGCAGGAUGUGAUGGAUGAGGAGGCAGUGCAGGAUGGGAUGGAUGAGGAGGCAGUGCAGGAUGUGAUGGAUGAGGAGGCAGUGCAGGAUGUGAUGGAUGAGGAGGCAGUGCAGGAUGUGAUGGAUGAGGAGGCAGUGCAGGAUGGGAUGGAUGAGGAGGCAGUGCAGGAUGUGAUGGAUGAGGAGGCAGUGCAGGAUGGGAUGGAUGAGGAGGCAGUGCAGGAUGUGAUGGAUGAGGAGGCAGUGCAGGAUGUGAUGGAUGAGGAGGCAGUGCAGGAUGUGAUGGAUGAGGAGGCAGUGCAGGAUGUGAUGGAUGAGGAGGCAGUGCAGGAUGUGAUGGAUGAGGAGGCAGUGCAGGAUGUGAUGGAUGAGGAGGCAGUGCAGGAUGGGAUGGAUGAGGAGGCAGUGCAGGAUGUGAUGGAUGAGGAGGCAGUGCAGGAUGGGAUGGAUGAGGAGGCAGUGCAGGAUGUGAUGGAUGAGGAGGCAGUGCAGGAUGGGAUGGAUGAGGAGGCAGUGCAGGAUGUGAUGGAUGAGGAGGCAGUGCAGGAUGGGAUGGAUGAGGAGGCAGUGCAGGAUGUGAUGGAUGAGGAGGCAGUGCAGGAUGGGAUGGAUGAGGAGGCAGUGCAGGAUGUGAUGGAUGAGGAGGCAGUGCAGGAUGGGAUGGAUGAGGAGGCAGUGCAGGAUGGGAACAAGGCGCGACGGCACAGCGUGGAAUGGCACAGCACUGCACGGACAGCACCGCACAGCUCAGUGCAGGUGGCGGGAAAAGCGAGCAGGGUGAGAGCAGCCGGCGCCCGCACCACCUCCUCCCCACCCCCCAUGCUGCCGCCCAUGCUGCCGCCCAUGCUGUCGCCCAUACCCCCUCCUCCUCCUGCUGCUGCUGGCGGGUGUGGCGGGGACGAGGAGCGCGGCGGGGGAGUGGCGUCACGUGACCUGGCGGAUGCAGGGGUGGGCGGAUGCACGGGUGGGGGGAUGCACGGGUGGGCGGAUGCACGGGUGGGGGGAUGCACGGGUGGGGGGAUGCACGGGUGGGGGGAUGCACGGGUCGCAGAGCAGGACGAGUCGAGUCUGCCGCCCAAGGAGAGUGAAGUGCUCAGCCUCAAGCGCGAGUCGGAGCAACCUCCCCAACCGCCCCCUCCGCGCGACACCAGCGCUUCCGACUCCCCUCGUCCGCGGGGUCGUGGUGGCGCGGGCAGGCGGCGGGAGCGCGCGUCCGUGGGGGAGGUGGUGCGGGGCGCCGUGCGCGCAGUGGAGGACGCGCCCGUCGAGACCGUCGGCGCCGCCGCCGCCGCCUCAGGGCUGGCGGUGCUGGGGGUGGUGUUCGCAACGUCGCUGCUGGGGUCGCUGGACUCGGUGCCCUUGGCCCCUGAGUUCAUGCAGACCAUCGGUGUCGUCUACUGCGCCCUCGUCGCCAGGCAGUAUUUCACCAAGAGGAAGAUCGCAGUGGCGCCCACGCCGCUGACGGCCAUCCAGACGCUCUUCCCCAACACCACCGCUGACGCCGAUGCCGAUGCUGACCCAGACGCCCCUGCCUCCCGCGUUCCCGAGGGCGUGGGGUCGGGCGUGCAGGGGCGGCUGAGGGCGCUGGAGGCGGAGAGGGACGUGGCGGUGGCGGCGGCGGGGGAGAUGAGGCGCGCGGGGCAGGAGAUGGCGCGCGUGGUGGCGGAGAAGGAGGCUCUGGAGGCCGUGGCUCUGCAGCUGGCGGAUGAGCGGGACUCCGCCAUCGCUGAGGUGACGGCACUGAAGACAGCAGUGAACGCGAUGACGGAGCGCAUGAGGGCGAUAGAGGCCAUGCUGGCAUCGGAGGUGCAGCGCCUGCAGGAGCAGAACCUGGCGCUCGAGACCGUCGCCCUGCAGCUGGCUGACGAGCGCGACUCCGCCAUCAAACAGGCAUCGGAGCUGAGGUCGGCGUUUGAGGCGCAGAGGGAGGAGGACAAGCGCGUGUUGGAGAUGCUGGCGGCGCAGCUGAUAGAGGAGCGCAACGCGGCGGUGAAGGAGGUGCAGGAGCUGAAGCAGGUGGUGGCGGGGCUGGCGGAGGCCACGGGGGCGGGCAGCGGGCUGACGAGCGAGAUGGAAGCCUUCAUCCGCAGCCGCGUGCGCGCCGUGAGGGCCCAGUUCGUUGACAUCUCCAAGCCCUACUCGCAGCAGGAGGAGGCGGUGAAUGCGUUUGUGGCGCAUCUGGUGGACGAGUUUGGAGCCCCCAGGGAGUGGACGCACCGCUACAUCCGCCAGUUCCUCGACGCCGCCUCUGACGGCCACGCCAUCGCCCUCAAUGGCCCUUCCCCGCCCUCCGACCGCUUCAACUGA